ACAAGUUGGUAAACUUUUACGCGCUGACUUUCAUGGCUGAGACGCGUCAUUAAAGAACCAGUAAACUAUGCGGGAUAUUUCUGAGUGACUGAACAGAAUUUAUUUGCAGCUCUGCGAUAAGAAGUUCGGCGCCUAUAAACUCAUGUCUGACCGUGAACGGAGCUAUAUUACCCUCCACGUGCCCUUUGCUGCUUCGGAGUUUUCUUCUCUGGUAUCUGCGGGUGCGUAACGUUCAGAAGGAGACGUUUAUUUUAGUGGGGAUUUUGGCACAGGACGGGACACCGUGUAAAACAGGCGCCAGGAAUAGGAGGCAACAAGUGGCUGACAUUUACGGGCAGAGGAGGCAGGACGCGGAGGCUCAAAGUUGGUGAACGGAAAGUUCGUUUCGACUUAAACUUUUUUGUUCGCCUUGUCUUUUAAUCCCAUUUGUUUCGCAGUAAGUGAAGGAGAACAUCUCUGAAGUUGUAUAAACCUUACACGAGUUUGUCAUCGCCAUGAAUGGAGUGGUGAUUUUCCAGAUGUGGAUAGUUUUAUUGUUGGGGACUGUUACCGGAGUCGGGAGAGCUCAGGUCUCCAUCGCCAAAGUGAUAAUGGGCAACAUCAGGAGAGACGACAGCAAUCGCCUCACCACAGACUUGUACCGCAAAGAGGAAAACAUCACAGUCACACCAUCGGGUGGAGUCAUCCAAAGCCCACGCUACCCCAACGCUUACCCCCGCAAUCUGCUGCUGUCAUGGAAACUGCUGUCGCCACCAGGGAGCCGCAUACACCUGGAGUUUGAUGGACACUUUGGCCUGGAGGAGGCUGAGAAUGGAAUCUGCAGGUAUGACUUUGUGGAAGUGGAGGACCAAUCAGAGACCAGCACUAUAAUUUGGGGUCGCUGGUGUGGGCAGAAGGCGCCGCCCAGUCUUAACUCCAAAACCAAUACGCUCAGAGUCACCUUCAAGUCUAAUGACUACUUUGUUGCAAAGCCGGGAUUCAAAGUCUACUAUUCACUGCUGUAUGAGUCCUCUCUGCCUGCAUCCAACUCUAACUGGGAGGCUGUCACCAUGGCCAUGUCGGACAGUGGUGCAGGGCAGAGGCCAGUCACAGAGGUUCCUUUCUCAUUGGAUGAUUUGGAUCGGACCAUAGCAGCCUUUGACACCGUGGAACAGCUUUUCAAAUCCCUGAGUCCGGACACCUGGAGACAGGACCUGGACAGCAUCUACACUCAAACACACAUACAUUAUAGAUCCAGAGCCUAUCAUCUGGCAAGCAGACAUAAUAAAGUGGAUCUGAACCGUCUGUAUGACGACGUCAAGCAUUACAGCUGCACUCCUCGGAACUACUCUGUAAACCUGCGCGAGGAGUUGAGAGCGACCAACGCCGUCUUUUUCCCUCGCUGUCUGCUGGUCAAACGCUGUGGAGGAAACUGUGGCUGCGGGACCAACAACUGGAACAAUGGCUGCACCUGUCAGGCCUCAAAGUCAACGCUCAAACUACACGAGGUGCUGAAAUAUGCCCCAGAGGUCACCCUGUAUCAGCGCCAUCAGAGGUCGCAGGUGCGCUGGGUCAUCGAUGAGAUCUUCCUCACACACCAUGAGAAGUGUGAGUGUGCGUGUCCCUCUCAGCCCCCUCGCUGAGACACUCAGACCGACACUUGUAUCUGGAACUGUUGGAAAAGUUAUCCCCUUUUUGAUUUUGCAAAAGACUUAAUAUUAAAAAAGCACCGCAUCAACAUGUGCAGCAAAGAAGAAAGUGUCUAUCAACAGACAAACUACAACCCUGCAUCAUACCAACAACACUUAUAAGAACCUUCCUAUCUAUACAGGCCCAUUUUGAAAUGGGUAAAUGUUUUCAGCCAGACACAUUUUUUAUUUAAGUUUCCUGCAAUUUGAAGUCUAAAUCUUCCUCAAACAAUUUAAUUCACUUGAGCAUCAUAAAGUGUUCUUUCUCUCCAGAAAUGUAAUAUUUGUGUGGGUGCCAACUAGAUGAAAUGGAUUUGAAAUUGCUCAAACCACUCUGUGAACUGUUUUUAUUCCUAUUUCAUGUUCUUGUGUUUGAGUGUCUUUGUGUUGUGAUAAGACUGUUUCUAGAAACUUCAGGCACGUCUACUGCCAGGAGCGUGCUGAGAUGAGCGAAUGUGAGACAGAAGGAGAGAGAGAGAGAGAGAGAGAGAGAGAGAGAGGGGGGAAGCCUAAACCAAAGUAAAACUUCAUCUUGAUGUGAAGUCAGGAUUUGUGUACUGUAAUUUAACCAGGUAAUUAACCCUUUGAGAUCAAGAUCCUUAUCCCAAGGGUGACCUGGCCAACAGGGCAGCAGCACACAUCAUAAUAAACAUGAUAUAAUUAAGAGGCUAACCACAACCCACUGGCUCUGAAUUGCACACUAACACACAUCACAAACUGUUGACGGUUUUACCAUUAGGCAAAGGCUGCCAAUUGCCUCAUGAACCAAGGGACCUCAAGGUGUGUGCGAUAUAUGGUGGCCCAAGAUGCCAACUUCCAAGGGGGAAAAAGCGUGAGCCCUGAAUGUUUUGAUUUCGCUCGGAAUAUAAAGUAAAAUGAAAAAUCUACUGCAGGGCUGUCUACUUCGCUGCCUCUUUUCCUCUCCUCCUCUCAUUCAGCAUCACUUCGCUGCUCCCUCUCACUCACUCACUCUCUCUCUCUCUCACACCGCUUAACAUCUCACACGUAUGCCCCGACACUAGUUAGCACAGGAGUAGAAGUGACAUGUGGAAGGGUAAUUAUCUUGUGGUAAAAAAAAAAACUCAGUAUAUUUUGAUUGGUCCAAAAAUAGUAGUAGGUUAAGAUUAAGAAGUUAGACCCUGAAGUAACUUCUCUAAAAAUGUCCACUGAUAAGAUGCACGUUUCUCUUCAUAUAGUAGUAGGUGAUAUUGUUUUAUUAGCACAACACUACAUUGCGAUCAUAACAUGCUUUUUCAUGCAUAAAAGGAAUCAAAUGUCUUCAUAUCCAAAUUGCAAAUUGUAGUAAAGUAGAUCUGAAGGCUGUAAAACAUUUCAAAUAAAUAAAUUAAGGGAUUACUUUUUGGUAAAAUGGCAAGCAAUCAAUAAGAAAAUAUGAUUUGAGGCAGGAGGGCUGAUAAUACACCAAUAAUGUUGUGUUGUUACUCUUUUAAGAGGUAAUGAGUGAUACUGUGUGUGUGUUACUUUAUAGAACACAUAUAUAUUUAUAGUAAUACUGAACAUUUGUCUCUGUUCUGUAAUUCUGUGUUGUUACCUGAAAAUAGAUGCCUCAAAAUGUUUUGUUCUCUAGCUAUAAUUGCUCUUAGCAAAAUUUGGAAGGUCCUCAUAUUAAUCUUUGCCUGAGGCCUCGAAUGACUUGAACCGUCACUGCACACACAAUCACUCCGGGUCCACAUUCUCUUUUGUUUCUUAUGCCCUUUAUUUCCACAGCUUUCCUUCUUUCUUUGGCAAUCCUGUCGGCAUACACCUACACUUCCCUUUGUGCUUCCUUCCAUCCAUACGCUUGCCGCUCUUUUUCUUUCUUGCUCACUGAGUCUGUCUUCCUCUCUCUUUCUUUCUCCCUUGCCCUUCAUCACUGGCUCUCAAACACAUCAAAGAAUCCUCAGACCAGGCAGCUCGAUCGGUCCAAAUAUUUUGGAACAUUUCUGGAAUUCCAACUACUAACCGGGAUUCUGUGAACACGGAUUAAACUGUGAUCCUUACACCCUAAAUACAUAAAAGGGAAAGUGGGAGACUCCACUCGGAAAGAGAGAGAGAGAGAGAGAGAGUUCUUUUAGGGAAGCACGGGCGGCUGACAGAAAAGGGACAAUCAAGCCGACUGUUUGUAGAUUACCAGCACUCCUAGAUGAGAGCGGCGAGAGGACCCACUUUCAGGAUCCAGCACAUGAAAGAUUGCAGCUACUUCAACGGUUUCAAUCAGCAUGUUCAUGAAUUCAGCAAGCCUGAUUCUUAGUCACCAUGUUUUUUUCCUCAUGAAAAUGUUUAUAUGAAACUCAGUCUGAAUGACUCUGUCUUCAACAGCAUUACAUCUUAAAAGAGAUCUGUAGGAAUAAGGGUGAUGUUUUUAGUCUCUGAUGAAAUACAACUGAUACUCAGGUAUGUUUGUGUGUGUGUGUGUGUGAAGAAGUCUUUUGUAUAAGGGGUUGGGGGUGAGAGCUGGCAGCACAUACAAGCAUGUGACUGUGCAUGAAAGUGUGUGUGUGUGUGUGUGUGUGUGUGCAUGUGUGUGUGUAGGUAGCAAGUGUAUCAAAGCAACAGAGGGCGAUUUCAAACUCACUGCUUAUCAUCUCCACACACAUGACCCAGCUGUUAGAAAUGAAAGACACUGUCAUCUGUCAUCUCCCCGUCAUCAUCGCCUCCCAUGAGUCUCCCCCGUCACACGCUCAGGCAGGCUUGCAGGCUGGAUUUACACAGAGAAAAUGGGAUUUUACACACUACUUUUGUUCUUAAGAUAGACGAAACAAAGAACGAGUGGACACUGAGACGAUUUCAUCGUCACGGUGAAACCAGAUCAGCUUUGUGCCGCUAGCGCUUUCAUGUGGGUGUGUGUACUAUAACGUCAAGGCUGUUAUUUGACAGGUGCGUAGAGUAAAACGCACUCUUAGAUAUUAGCAGAUUGUGAGUUCGUGCAGUGAUGACAUUCCAUGUGAUUUAUGCCUAUAAUUUCCAAACAUGAACACACACACACACACACACACACACACAGAUGUGUAGAGCGGUUGUUGUCUGUCAAAGAUGGCAGCCCUCAAUUUUCUUUCAAGCUUUUGCUUUCUGUUUUGUUAUCAUUCCCUGUUUUUCCAUUUUGAGACACAACGAUAAUCAUACAGCACAAACAAUUUCACAGAUGAUACUAUAGUAAUACGUAUAAACUUUACUGCAAAUUGUGUAGAUACAGUAAGAGCUUUUUAUGACUUCUGCUGCCAUAAGAAGACGUGUGUGUGUGUGUGUGUGUGUGUGUGUGUGUGUGUGUGUAUCCUGUGUCUGCCAGUUUUGUUCGUGUUAUCAGCACAUUCCAUUGUUGCGUGCUCCAAAGUGACAUUCCUCUUUUUCCUCAUCACUGUUAUGUUUUCCCUGCCAGUUCUAUUCACUAUAACCACAUGUACUUCAAUGUCCCACCUAUAAAGCCGAUUUUGUUAGUUUUCAGAUUUUCUUUUUUGGGAGGGGGGGAGGGGGUCAUUCACUUCAAAUUAACAUCAAAACCACAUUUUGGACCUUUGAUAAAUUGUCAUUGUUUCAGUGAGAUGUGUUCACUUCUGAUCCUGGGGGUUACUGGGUUUAUUCAGCCAUGCUUUGUACUCAGACAAAAGUUGUUGGUGUUAGUCUUAACAAAGGCCUGCUUCGCUGUGUUCAGAACAAUAUUCCUGACAAAACUUCAUGCUUUACUUCAAUAAUUUAUUGUGUCUUGUUCUUUUGUUUUAUUAUACACACCAGCUGGUUGUUCUUGAUGAAUAAAGUGUUUCUAGCA